UUCGCAGGUGUCCUGGUCAGUCCGUCCGAUGUUGGAGACGGAGUCACGACUCUGUGGAUAAUCUCAUCGAGCUGUACUUCUAAAUACAUAUGAAGGCGUUAACAGGGCUGCUGCUGUUGGUCUUUGGUCGCGUUGUGUCCUCGGUGAUUCACUCUCUGCAUUAUGUCUACACGGCGUCGUCUGGACUCUCAACCUUCCCAGAGUUUGUUGUUGUUGGGAUGGUGGAUGGAGUUCAGUUGCUUCACUAUGACAGCAACAGUAAGAGAAUAGUCCUCAAACAGGACUGGGUGGAGCAGGUCACCAGAGAUAACCCAGACUACCUGGAGAGGAGCAAUGGACUCUCUCGGGGUUCCCAGCAGGCCUUCAAAGCCAACAUUGGGAUUCUGAAGCAGCGCUUUAACCAGACAGGAGGUGCCCACAUGUUUCAGGAGAUGUAUGGUUGUGAGUGGGAUGAUGAGGAUGAUUAUACUGAUGGUUAUGAUCAGUUUGGUUAUGAUGGAGAGGACUUCAUAUCGUUGGACCUGGAGACCCUGACCUGGGUCGCUCCAGUACGUCAGGCUGUCAUCACCAAACGGAGAUUGGAUCAGGAUAGAGGUUAUAAUCAACAGCAGAAGCACUACCUCACCAAGGAGUGUGUUGAUUGGCUGAAGAAGUACCUGUCCUAUGGGAAGAGCACUCUGCAGAGAACAGAGCGUCCGCGGGUGUCUCUGCUCCAGAGGAGCCCCUCCUCCCCAGUGGUGUGCCAUGCUACAGGCUUCUACCCUGACAGGGUGGUGGUGUUCUGGAGGAGAGACGGCCAGGAGCUCCAUGAGCAGGUGGACCCCGGGGAGGUCCUCCCCAACCACGACGGGACCUUCCAGGUCAGCGUGGACCUCAACCUCACGGCCGUCCCACAGGAGGACUGGGGGAGGUACGAGUGUGUGGUCCAGCUGAGAGGCAUCGAGGACAUCUCCACCCCCCUGGACCCCGCCCUCAUCAGGACCAACUGGGGCGAGAGUGGCCUCACCAUCCCCAUCAUCAUUGGGUCGCUUGUUCUCCUCCUCGCUGCUGCUGCUGUUGUUGGAGUCCUUCUGUACAAGAAGAGAAACGAUUCAGAGAAGCGACCCAAACUAGUUGGUUCUGACACCAGCUCUGUGAACACUGAGGGGCAGAAUCCGGCUCCUGAGGCCCAACCUCUGACCACAGGUUAAAGUUAAAUCAUGAAGAGGCUUCUCACGUUCAUCUUCCUAAAGCAGGAUGGAGUAGAUCGAUGUUCAUUUCUAAUGCUCACAAUCAGUUUUGGGACUUCAGCUAACUAAAGAUGCUAUAUUUGCUUAAUUACAUUAACAUUCAUACUUUAUUUUGAUAAAAAACAUAAAUCCGUAAGAAGUGUAAAUCAAUUAGAUCUCUGUAUUUUUGAUCGAUGGAUUAAGGCGAGACACGGCAGGCAAAAUUAUCGAUUUUUCAGUCACUGGUCAAUUUUGAUAUUUUGGGCUAUUUUGCACGAUUAACAUGUAAUGUUUCACACAAAAGAAAAAAAGAAAAAGUCAAAAUAAAACAUUUAGGUGUUUGUUUUAUUAUAGUUUGUCAACUUGCGCCUCUGAAUUUUACAGAAGAUUCACCAAAAGUUUGCUUUAUUACGCACCGUUUCAAAUUACAGCCGGUCUCUGUCAUAUGUGUUCCGUGGUAUCAUUGGAAAGCACUCGAUCUGCUGCACAACAUAAAACUGAUAUCUGAUUGGCUGGACUCGAUUUCCGACUGGACGAUUGGUUCGAAUGUAUCACGUGGUAUGCUCUCAAGCUUCCUGGUUAGCUUUUGCCAUAAGAAUCUUUAAAGGCCGUUUUCUCAAAAUGAGUUUUUCCUUACACGCCAAGCAAGGAAUCUCCACUUCUGUAGCACCAAACUUUAGAAUCUUAUUCUCAGCUACUAUAUGAAGAUUUUUACAGUGGGAUUUGUUGAUAUAUCAUUCUUGGCCUGAUUUACAUGACAUUUUAUGCAUAAAAAUAGGGCGGCAAUACAUUUUUUUAAGGCAUUGGCAGUAUUUUCUGAUUAACUGGAUAACGAAAGGAGAUAUCCAUAAUCCCCUUUGUAAAUAUGGUUCUACUUAAUAUAGUAACAACAUGAAAAAAUAAUUUUGAGCCUGGCUUUUUCCAAUGGUCCGAUUCUUUGUUUCAAAAUGUAUGCACAUUUGCGCAUAUUUUAUUAGAUAUAGCCUAAUUAGCAUAUCUUAACAUACAAUUACAGAAAACUUCCAAUGCAUUUUCUUCUUCUAAUCAUGUGGCUAAUCAACCGGUAAAGUUUCAUAAAGAUAUCUGUAAAAUCCUAUUCACCUGCCAUGUCUCGCCUUAAUCCUGCAAUCUUUCACUGAAACCAUGGCAACAUGACCCCGCCAUGAUGGCCAUUUCGUUUUGGUUCUAACUGCUGAAUCUUUUAAACUUUUAAAUGAUGUUAUUGUCAAGUCAUAUUUAAGUUUCAAAUAAUGUUUAAAGAUUCUGAAUCAAGGUUUGGGAAAGUGAGAUUCUGUCAAGUUUGAAUACAAUAAUCGUUGAAUGUUCUGCUACAGAAUUGCAUUGCUACAUAGGCUAGCACAAUCGAGCUCGGCUGCUUUAGCUUUAAUGCUCUUUGUUGUGUUUUCUGUGUUCUUUGGGGAAUUGGAUCAUAUAUACUUUGGUUAUUCUGUCAAUAAAUUACAUAAAAAUUGUUCUGCCUACAUACAUUUUAUAUACUUAUUGCUAAAUUAGGUUUACCUAUUUUGUUUAGAGCAGGGGUUCUCAAAGUUUUGACAACUGAGGGCCAAUUCAGGAACCCAACAUUUGACUGAGGGCCGCCAAAGGAAAAAAAAUAUUGGCGGGAAAUGCCGUCAGCAUCCCAGUGGUGAAAAAAAACAUUGCACCGUGGACCUCCGGGAAUGAGAUCAAGUGAGGUCUAAAUCAGGAAACUGAGGUUCAGCCUUUCUAAGUAAUGUACAGUCGGAUUAAAACUAUCAAAUGUAAAAGGAUUUAAUUGAAAGCUAGAGAGAGUCGACUUUUCUCUUUAUAUUUAUUUAUAUUUGUUUAAAUUAAUAUUGGUAUAUUAAUAAAAAUAAAGUGGGGAAAUUUAAAAAAACUGCUUUUUGGCAACAACGGAGAAUGGCUGUAGAUCAGCCGCAAUGAAAACGCCAAUAAACUUGGUUAUGGCAUUUGCAUUUCUGAAUUGCCAGACAGUGGUUGUUGAAAUAGUGUUGUGAGCUGGGUUUGCACAGCUCGUUUCUUUUUCCACAGCAACAGUGAUAGUAACACCUCGAUGGUGCCUUUUCAAAUGCGUGUGCUAGGGAUGUGCAUUUCUGGCAAAAAUACUAUUUGAUAGUAUCCGACAGUAUUCAAAUAAUAUUAGAAAAUCGCUCAAUCCAGAACCCCCCCACGCACGCACGCUCCUUGGAUACACGCACACAGAAUGACACAGGGAGCGGCUUUUAUGAUUUGUGUGAAAUCAAUCUGUUUAUUUCAACAACUGCGCCAUCAACAUUCAACAUCGAAAUUAUUUCAACGUGGGCUUAGGCAGAUGGACCUACAUGCGCCGAAAAC